UGAUGAUUAGUAACGGUGCUAUACGUGCCUAGAUCUAUUCAGCGAGGAGCUAACUAGAUUGACGCCAAGUGAAGUGAUCGAUGGAGAUUCACGAGGAGUGCUUCCAUAUCACCUACUGAACUCCCUACUCCCCAUCAUCGCGGAUCCAGUCAGUGCCGCACACGCUCUCUCUUGGUCUGUCGGCCAUGAUGCCAGCGGUUGCAAGAACACUUCAGACGACCCCCUUUUCGAGUCCGCACUCAUAGUGUCUUCUCUCUCAUUUGUUCCUCUUUCUCUCACUGGUUGUGAUUAUUUCAAACCUUAUCUGAAAAGUUUGGCACGUGUCCCUUCCUUAUCGUUCUUUUCUGUCUCACUACUUGUCUCGGAGAGCGAUCCUUGGGGGCCUCCGCUCGAAAGCCAAUUCAGCCGCAAUGCCAGGGUUACCGGCUAGCAUCGACCUGGACGAGUGCAUCGAGCGGCUCUAUAGGAAAGAGUUGUUGGCAGAUACCGUGAUUGAAGCAAUAUGCGCCAAGGCUAAAGAGCUGCUGAUGAAGGAGAGCAAUGUGGUGCAUAUCAGAGCUCCGGUCACUGUUGUCGGAGAUAUCCACGGGCAGUUCUUCGACAUGAUUGAGAUCUUUAAGAUCGGGGGGUUUUGUCCCAACACGAAUUAUCUGUUUCUGGGGGACUACGUCGAUCGCGGUCUGUUCAGCGUCGAGACGAUAUCCCUUCUCGUUUGCCUGAAGCUACGAUACCCCCAACGCGUUCAUCUCAUUCGUGGUAACCACGAAUCACGCGGUGUCACCCAGUCCUACGGCUUCUACACAGAGUGCGCGCGGAAAUACGGCAACGCCAAUGUGUGGCACUACUUCACCGACAUGUUUGACUUUCUCACCCUGAGCGUGGUUAUCAACGAUCAGAUUUUCUGCGUGCACGGUGGCCUUUCCCCCUCGAUCCACUCGAUAGACCAGAUCAAGAUUAUUGAUCGAUUUCGCGAGAUCCCUCACGAGGGUCCCAUGGCCGAUCUGGUCUGGUCCGACCCCGACACCGAACGCGACGAGUUCUCGCUAUCGCCGAGAGGAGCAGGGUACACAUUCGGUGCACAGGUCGUUCGGAAAUUCCUCGAGGUGAAUAGCAUGUCGCAUAUUUUGCGAGCGCAUCAGCUGUGCCAGGAAGGGUAUCAGGUUCUCUAUGACGACCGUCUGAGUACGGUGUGGAGUGCGCCCAACUAUUGCUACCGGUGCGGGAAUCUCGCCAGUGUUCUUGAAGUAAGUGACACGGGGGAGAGAUACUUCAACAUCUUCGAUGCCGCGCCGGAGAACGAUAUCCACCGCGGAGAACAACAAGCGCAACAGAACAAGGACGGCCAGAACCCGGUGAUUGAUUACUUUUUGUGAUACCCUUUUAUUUCUGUAUUAGUUUCUUCUUUUGCAUGCAGUGCUUCCCGAUGCAAAGCUUGGAGUCUGGCACCCGAAAGAGCAUUUAGAGAUGGCAAGGAUAGAAUGUAACAAGAUGUUUCAAAUGAGGCAUAUACCAAAUAUAGAAUCAAUUGUC